AUGAUAGAAAUUAGGAACUUACUAUUAGUUUUGGCUGGAGUUUCAGUAUUCUGCCUUAUAUACACAAAUAUUGUUUUAUAUAGAAAAGCUCCAGAUCCUAUUGAGUCUCAAAUUAGUGUAUUUGAAAACCCUGAAAAAUCGAGAAUUAUUGCUUUUGGAGAUCUUCAUGGGGAUUAUAGCGCACUUAGGACAAUAUUGAAAUUUACUGCUUGGGAUCCUAAAGAUAUUCUUGUGCAGACAGGAGAUACGAUUGGAAAAGGCGAUGACACAAAAAAGAUCUUGAACUUUUUUAUUGAGCAUAAAGGCAAAAAUAUAUGCCUGUGGCCUUAGAAUAUAUAGCAUGUCUUUCGUCAUCAUUUUCCCCCUGGCGCCAUUUGUUCAAUUUUUUUUCGGCAGAUAUUUGCUCUAUAGAAACCGUUAUGUUUUUUGGCCAAGUGGCGCCAAGGAAAUAAAUUGGCUACAAGAAGAUAAAUUCCCUGAGAAAAAGGCAUUUAUAUCCUUAAAAUAGAGCCUAAAUUUUGGCCAAAUAACUAAUCUACAUAAAUUUUACUUGGAAAUUAAUGCAAAUUAUGAUAAUCCACAUAAUGGGAAACCACGAGCAUAUGAAUUUAAAUGAAAAUUACCAAUUUGUGACUGACGCUGACAUUAAUUCCUUUGGAGGUGAAGAAAAUAGAAAAAAUCUCUUUCAAAAAGAUCAAAUUUACGGCAUUUAUUUAUCAAGUUUAAAAAUCUGUGAAAAAAUUGGUGAUGUGAUUUUCGUUCAUGGAGGAAUUUCUAACUCCCCCCCCUCCGUGAGUGAGCAAAAAAAUUUUGUUCACUCACGGAGUGUGGGGUUAAUUAUUUUUUUUUAAAAAAAUUUAUAUAUAAAUUUUAUAAAAAAUAUUUUUUUUCGAAAUUUAAAAAAAUCCUAAUUCACAAAAAUUGGAAAGCAAAUAUUAAUUUAAUUUAUAAAAUUUAUGUUUUUAAAAAGCAAUUUGUUUAAAAUUAAACAGAAUUAGCUCUAGAUUUCAUUAUACUAAUUAUCAUUUUUAUAUAUCAAAAUUUUUUUUCCAUAAAAAAUUUUUGUUCACUCACGGAGGGGGGGGGGGAGUAAGGCAAUUGCAGAGCAAUACGGGAGUUUUGAAAAAAUCCAAAAUGGAUUAAUUGAGGAUCCAGCUAAUAAUAAAGAUUUAGCAGGGAAUAACGGGCCAAUGUGGUAUAGAGAGUACGCUAAAGGCCCUGAAAAUAAAAUUUGUGGAGAUUUAGAGAGGACUUUAGAUAUCUUGGGCGCUGAGUUUAUGGUAAUGGGACAUACCACUUUUAAGAAAAUUACCUCAAAAUGCAAUAAUAAAGCAAUUUUUAUCGAUACUGGCAACUCAAGAGCUGUUAGAGGUGUAAGAUCUGCUCUAGAGAUACAGCAGAUUAAAGGUGAAACAGUCAGCAUAAGAGCAGUGUACGAUGAUUCGACAGAAGUGAUAUAUCAAAGUAAUUAA